AUGAAGUCUCCAAAAUGUCAGCAUGAAGAAUGCACCGAGUCUUCUGUAUGCUACUUAUCGGAAAACAAACUGUAUCUAUGUCAACAUCACCACCUUGAUCAAUAUCUGGAUUAUGACCCGGUUCCUCUUGUUGAUGAUUCUACUGUUGAAAUGAAUCUAAGAACAAUCGAAAUCUGCAGAAAAGUUUUCAUAGUUUUCACUCAAAUGAUGAAUGAAGGACAAAUCCCUCUUGAUGAAGAAGAUCUAAGCACAACUGUGAGAGAAGAGCUGAAUCAUAUCUUCAAUAAACUAAAAGAAGCCCAAGAAACCAACAAGCACUACGAGUUAUAUAGGCUGCUCAAUAAAACUGUAGAUAUUAAAGACAUUUUGCAAAAAAAUCAACUUUAUGUUGAAUUCUUGGUGACCAGAGCUUGGGAUUAUUCACUUUCAGCUGCCAAAGGUGAAUCUCUGAAGAGUUCUGAGCUUGUUGAAAUAGAGUUAAAACGCGAGUAUAAGGCCACAUUUGACAGGAUAGCCAGAAAGUUCAGAGAUUUAAGACAUGGUAUAGAGCAAAGACAUCAAAAAGAAAUCGAUGAACUCAGACAAAAGAAUCAGACAUAUAAAGAAGAAAAGAAGUCCUUGAAAAGGGAGAAGAAACAACUUAUAACUGACUACAAUAAGCUUUGUGACGACUACAAUGAACUUGACCAAAGAACCAGACAACUUGAAAUAGAUGUAGCUUCUCUUAAAGAAGCGAGCAAAGAAAAAGGCGAGAAGAUAUCAGAGCUACAGAAGCACAAUAGAGACUCUAAACAAAAGAAGAAAAUCUUAAAAAUAAAACUAAAGGAAGAGCAAGCUUCUCACCAAGCUAGUAUUGAAGAUCUUACCAAGAAAAUUAAUGAUCUCAAAGACAAUGUUAAGUCUCUCUGGGAAGAUAUUAAGGAAACUAAAAUGAGGAAUGGCAGACUUAUUGAAGAGAACAAAAGAAAAGAAAGAGAUUAUGAGCAGAUGAAGCAGUCACUACUCACCAAACUAAACCUCUCCGAGUACUCUGACCUCAGCCUCUUCUACAAAAUUAUCACUGGGGAGCACAAACAGAUUGAACCUGAAACUAUGCUGACACUUAAACUUGACAAUCCCAAGCACAUGGAAUUUCUAAGAUCCCUGAAUACGAGGAUGCCAGAGAUUGAUGGACUUAAUCUUGACAACAUCCCUCUGAACUGCCAAGAAGUGAAGAUGUUCCUGGCCAUUCAUUUCCCCAACCAAGUGAGGACUUUCAAUUUUAACUGUGACUCUCCUCUUAGUUCUACUUUGUCCUUUUACUUAGAUGAACUGACGGAAGUAAGCCAGAGGGUCUCUGGGUGGUUGUUUAUUCAUAGAUUUGAAGUCUCUCAGGAUCAAAUUGUCUAUCUCUUCUCUGUCAACGGACACCAAGAGUACUUUGGGUUUAGUUGGUGCAAACUUGACCUAUCUUCAGUUCCUGAAUUUGGAGGAAGCCUCGCUGGGAAUACGAUUAAAGCAUUAGGUUUGUAUAGCUGAGGAGGGUCUUCAUACUGCGACUGGGGCAACAAUGAGUCCCACUUUGCAAACCUCAUUGCUGGGCUUUCUAAAGAGGAGGAUUUUAGGAAGAAUCUAGGAUGGAUUGAUAUACUCGAGUGUGGAAUGGAAAAGAUUGAGGUAGAGAAAAUUUUGAUGGAUAAUGGCUUUGGACAUGUUGAAAUUGCCAGUCACUCGAAGUAG